AUGAUGGCAGAUCAAACGGUGAAUCGGGAGAGUGCCGUGGUCCAAGGUGAGAGCAUGAGGAGCAGGGUCAGAGACAGGGCGGACGGUACCGGUGGGGUCAGAAACGGGAGAGCAGAGCAGGUCCAGGGAGCAGAAUCUGAUGGCCAGCAGACGCAACAGGCUGUGGAGAUGAAGGAGGCCAUGGUGAAGGAGAUUCCAGUGGACAUGUUCUAUGACUACACUCAGCUGGAGUCCAAAGCCUUUACUAGCUCAGAGUCUGAGAUCCCAGUCAACCUGCUGCACCUGUCUCACUCGUUUGGCUAUGAUUGUAAGCGCAGAGCUAACCUGCAGUUGUUGGAUGAGCAGACUUUGGUGUAUGUGGCGGGGAACAUCCUGGUUCUUCAGGACCUGAUCUCCAGGCAGCAGAGGUACCUGCGCUCCUGUGGGGGAGGAGGCAUUGGAGCCAUCACUACUCAUCCAAACAAGCAGUACUUUGCAGUAGGAGAGAAAGGAAGCUACCCAGACAUUAUCAUUUAUGAAUAUACUUCCCUAAGGCCAUAUCGCAUCCUGAGAGGUGGGACUGAGCGAGCCUACUGCCACCUGGACUUCAGCACAGACGGAGAACUGCUGGCCAGUGUGGGCACAUCGCCAGACUACAUGCUGACUCUGUGGGACUGGAGACAAGAGGGGGUGAUGCUGAGCUGUAAGGCUGUCUCCCAGGACGUGUACCGGAUCAGCUUCUCCCCACACAUGCCAGAACAGCUCACCUCCUGCGGCUCAGGACACAUCAAGUUUUGGAAGAUGGCAAACACAUUCACAGGCCUCAAACUGCAAGGCCUCAUGGGACAUUUUGGGAAAACCACAACCACUGAUAUCGAGAGCUAUGUGGUUCUACCAGAUGGGAAGGUGGUGUCAGGCUCAGACUGGGGGAACCUGCUGCUGUGGGAUGGUAACUCCAUAAAGGUGGAGAUCUGCCGUAAAGAGGGACGCACUUGCCACGCUGGCAUUGCCCUGCCCUUUGCCAUGGAGGAGGGCCAGCUGCUGACCAUGGGAGCUGAUGGAGCUGUGCGGGGCUGGGACCUGGAGAGCAUCGACGGAGCGGACAGCCAGGGCGAUGGUGGCCGCUUCGAGCUAGAGCCCAUGAAUGAGCUGGUGAUUGGGCCCAAUGUCAGUCUGACAUCUGUGGUUCGCAGUGGGCACCACGACUCCUUCAUCUGGUACGCCCAGGACGCCAUGGGAGCCAUUUGGAAACUGGAUUUGUCCUUCACCCACACGACCCCGGACCCAGAGUGCCUGUUCCAUUUCCACUGUGGAGCCAUUCAGGGCAUGGAUGUGUCCCAGAGCAGCCACCUGAUGGCCACUACUGCGCUCGGACGUUCAGUCAGAGUGUUUGACUUCCUGUCCAAGAAGGAGCUGACGUUCAGCCACUUUAACCAGGGAGGGACAGCUCUGUGCUGGGCCCCACCACAGGUGGAGCGGGGCGGGGGGCUGCUCACGGUGGGUUUUGAGGACGGAAUGGUGCGUCUCCUAGAUGUCUUUAACCCCCAGAAGCUACAGGCGCUCCCCAGGCAGAGCCACAGAGAAGAGGCCAAGCUGCGCCUCCGACAGGCCUUCAAACCCCACAGCACAAGUGUGAGCGCUGUGGCCUAUGACCACAACGCUGACAUGCUCGCCACUGCAAGCUCAGACUGCUCAGUGUUCUUCUUCAGUGUGGGGGAGAAGUAUCAGCCCCUGGGCUUUGUACUAGUGCCCGGCCCAGUGCGGGCUCUAGAGUGGUCUCCACACUCCCACAGUGAGAGCCGACUCCUUGUGCUGUGUGGGACGGGCCAUGUGGUAGAAGUGCAGAGUCCAGAGCUGGACCUGUCUGUGCACAGACAGACCUAUCAUCUGACCACACUGUCCACCAGAGCCUUCUGCUUCAAGAGCAUCAAGUCACGCUUCCAGAGAGAGGAGGAGGUGGCCCGUUGGCAGGCCCUGAAGGAAAAGAAACACAAAGAGCGAGAGGAACGACACAGACAGACCCACAACUAUGAGCUGGAGCCAGAGGAAGCAACAGAGGAGGAGAAACUGCCCCCCAUCCACCUGCCCGACCCCCCCAGCCCCCUCUGCUGUGGCUUCUAUUCAGAGCCAGGACGCUUUUGGCUCUCCAUGGGUGGGUAUGACGCAGGCUUCUUGUACCACUGUGAGUUCUCAGAAGAUCAGGGGCUGGAUCCUGCUCAGCGCCAGGACGAACCCUUUAAGGCCCUGCCCCUCCAUAAUGCAGAGCAAGACCCCGUAGUCUCUCUCACAUUCAGUUCCAAGCGACACCUCUUGCUGUGUGGGAUGACCUCCGGCUCUCUCAGAGUGUAUCCCCUGAGCCCAGGUGACUACAGCCUGGAGUCCAUGCACCACUACUGGACCCUGAGUAUCCAUGACAACAGCUAUGGCGCUCUGCGACACCUACGCACCAGCUACGAUGAUCAGUUUGUCCUGACAGCUGGAGAUGAUGGGAACAUUUUCAGCUUCAGUUUGCUGUCUCCUGAGGAGCUGCUUCAGCAAGGCUCUCGUGCCAAAGUGCCCUCCCCCCGGACUGGUCUUGAGCAAGAGGAAGUGGCUCAGGACAUUGAGGACCCCUCUGCUUACAGCAUUGAGAUGCGCAAGCAGAGGCUGGAGAGUGACCGUGUGCGGCGUGAAGCGGAGCAGAAGAUCUUGAGGAAACGCAGGACUCUGGAGGAUCUCCAGAAGAGCUACAGACUGCUGCUGUCCGAGAACCAGGCCCUACCCCCACACGUGUGUCUGCAGCCUGAGGAGCUGUGGUUGGACAUUCGUUUUGUGGAGCAGGCACAGCGUGUGAAGGCACAGAGGCUCAAAGAAGUACAGAGGCAGCAGGGCUGGGAGGAGGAGCGCAGCCACCGCGCUCUGGACAAAUUAAACUUCUGGUUUAAAGACUCUCUGAGCUCCAGUGUGAUAACAGUGGUGGCCAUAGCGUCUGACCACAGGGUGUCCACAUACCGGCUGCCUUCUGCACCCAAGCAUGCCCAGGAUCCAGUCAGGAGAGCCAGCCAGAGCAGCUCCAGUAGCACCACCAGCACUGAGGCCCGCAUAGGGAGAACCGAGCCUGGCAGAGGGGCCGCUACCAUCUUAGAGGAGGAAAUGGUGCACACUUCUCUCGUGUCUCGGCCUCCUGCUGUUAAACUGGCUGAUCGGCAGGUGGAAAGGCUGAGGAAAGCCAACGAGAAGGCAGAGCAAGCUCGAGCUAAGAUCCAAAAGAGGAAGGAGGAGUGGGCACAUCUUUAUGCGGAGAAGCCUGAUGAAAACUAUGAGGACCCUCGGGACAUCCAGGCCAUCCAGAAUGCUCGAGAGACUGUGGGGGACCGAAAGCUCAAGCCCUCUUCUGACCUCACUGUCCCCAAACAGCUGCAGCUGAACACCGAGAGGAAAAGAGAGGAGCUGACCUCACUGCAGGAGGCGAUGCGGUGCAAACAAACAGAGAUGAACACUCGGAUCAUAGCCUUACGAGACUCCAAGUUUGAGCUGGUGGCUCGUCUCCACACUUUGAGCAUAGAGUUGCAGAGGGUCCAGUGGAGGCUCCCAGCAGAGUCCCACUUGCUCUGCCCCACCCUGCCUCAUGUGCUGCCUGAGGAGACCCCUGAGAGGAGGCUGCAGUACACCCGCGCCACACUACAAACAUACAAGCAGCUGAGGGACAACUGGUCUGGAGUGAAGGAGCAGGAUCAGGAUGGAGUCUCUGACAUUCUGCAGCAGCUGGAGAAAAAGAUGGACGAGGGACAACACACUAGCAGCCAAUCAGAUGCCACAGAGAAGACUGCUAGCCAGCCAUCAGAUGCAGACCUGGAGCCAGAAGGGAAGGGGCUGGUGGAAAAUACAGGUCUGGAAAAGGAGCUCCAGAUGGAGAAACAGAUCAGGCUAUUGUAUCAACAGGACUGUAUAAUAGAACAGAUGCAGAGCAUGAUAUGCAAGUGGGAUGCAUCCCUGCGGAUGAUUCUCCAUGAGAAGCUUGCUCUGGACCAGAAGCUGAAGCUAGCAGACCUCCGACAGCUCACUCUGCUGCAGGAGCUUCUGCUGCUCGAGCAAUUUGAGAGGAGAGAGGAGAGUCUACAGAGCAAGCUGAGCAUCAAAGCGGAGGAGGAGGAAGCCAUCACGUUAAAACUGAAGGAGCUGAAUGAGCAGCUGGAGUCAAAGCUGCAGGACAUCUCCAAACUUCAGGAGCGAGAGAAGGCCCUGACCACCACCUUCAUCGCCUCACUUGGAGACAACAACAAGUUUGAAGAGUUCCUCACCAGAGUCUUCAAGAAGGGCAUCAAAAGACUGAAGAAGAAGGAGAAGGCUGUAGAGGAAGAGCAGGGGACAGGCAGCGAGGAGGACGAAGAUGAGGAAUGGGAUGAAGAUGUGGAUGAAGAUGAUGCAGACAUGGACGAAGGGGGUGCUCCUCUGGAUGACAGUGUGUGUCCUACCAACUGUGAGCUGGCACUAUUCGAAAACGUGCUGCAGCUGAGAGAGCGCAGACUGGACCUGCAGGAGCAGCUACAGGAGGACAGGAGGAGCGCCGAGGCUCUAAAGAAGGACUGUGAGACCCUCACCAAGAAAGGGCAAAGACUGAGGAGCAGUUGCAAGGCAGUGGAGGACGACCUAGAGCUGAUGGCCCGAGAGAAGCAGCAGAAGAUGAACGAACUGGACGUGGUGGUGCCUCUGUGUCUGCACCAGGUCAGACACGCCACAUUUGUGUCAGGCACAGAGCUGCUGGCUGACCUAAGCCAGGUACUGGUGCUGGACUGCAGUGAGCUACAGCGUCUACAGGACAGGAUCCCAGAGCUGCAGUAUGAGAAAGGCCAGCAGAGGGAGCGCUUCCACCAGGCUCGGCAGCAGUUUGCCCGGCUGCUGCAGGAGAACGCAGACAUGAAGUCCAGGAUCCAGGUGCUGAAGAAGAGGUGUGAUGACCUGAUGAUGAAGAAGUUUGGGCGAAUCGUGGACAUGGAGGCCCUGCAGACACUUUCGGGGAACAGGACCCUGGAGGAGCUUAAACAGGACAAACUACUGCGGGACGCAAAGUACGCCCAUGAGAUCCACCAGUGGGACCUGAAGGUUCUGGAGGCUCGUGAGGCUCUGAUGAAGGACACGAAGAUCAAUACAGAGAUCAUGGUCAGCAUGAAUCGAGUUCUGAAUGAAAAGAAAGAUCUGGAGCAAAAGAUCAAUGCCUGGGAGAAGAGGAUGGGUAAACAGCUGGAGAACAGCCAGAGCCGCAGUGACAGACAGGACAUAGUGCAUCUGCAGAAGGUGGUGAGGGACCAGAAUGAACAGGCUGAUGCCCUGACCAGGGAAAUCCAGCUGCUGUUCUGCAAAGGAGGACACAUCCUGCCCCCAGGCCUCACCCCCCAGCCCUCAGGCUCCACUCCUCACCCACAGAGCAGCAUAUAAGACACUGUGACAGGCCUCA